AUGGGGAACGUCUGCGUGGCGCGAGCGAAGAACGUCAGCAGGGGACAACAGGUGCUUAAACGAAAACACAACACCAAAUCCCGUACGAGUGGGCGUUUUGAGUAUGUCCCCAAACACCAGUUGGUGGCAUCAAAAACUAAGUAUUUUGAUGACAUUCGGGAUGGAAAAAUUGAUUUGAGUUCGAACGAUCUGUAUUCCCGUGUGAAAACUCGCCGCCGUGCCACUGAGCCGUCCACCACCGCGACAAGUAGUUGCGAUUCCAUAACAAGUACGAACAACAGUGGCACCGAAGAGACGGGACAAACUGGAGCACAACCUACAUUGACAUUGCUACCCUACACACUCAAGCGAGAACCUGCUUCUCCCUCUUCCGACUGUUUCAAUGCUGGUGAAUCACUUAGUGGUUUCCAGUCAACUGUUGAUAGCACCGAAUCUGAACGGAUGAAGCCAAACUUUUCAGACCCUGCGGACGAUCUCCCUGAAUCCGUUCCAGAUUCUAUGGCACAGUGCUAUUCUGUUCCGGAGUUCGAGUCGUGUCCGGAGGAUCCAGCACCACAGUCGAAAAUCACGCGGGGAGUUCAGUGUGAUGAGCCCUCGUUUCCCUCGGGUCGGCCUCUGGUGACUUUGUGCACCUCUUGUGUUCAGGCUCAACCAAAUUUGUGCGAUAUGGCUGUGUCACCCCUUUUUUCUGCCCGCUGUUCCCCGGUGGUGCUCGAGCCGUCCGACUGCUUCACAACGAGUUCUAAAGGUGAUGAAGUCAACCUCCCCUCAGAGACCGUCGAUUCUGUUCGGGUUCAUGUAGACAAUUCGUCUGAAGAAAUGAUCAAGGAUACAGGUCAUCCUCCUGAAACUCCCGAAGAGCGAGGAUCCGGUCGUACUGUAUCAUGUCUGCGUGAUCUUGUUCAGGCAUACUUUAGUCUUAUCAAUCACUUUCAACGUCCACAACUCCAUCUUUCCCCUCACCAGACUCACCAGCGUACUCCACAAUCCGGCCGGUUUAGUCGAUUCGACGUAACGAGUCUGGAAGAGCUCCCUGCCCUCCAAAUUUAUAGCCCGUUGGCUCGAAUCCGCACGCAGAAAGAUUUACUAGAGGCUUUGGAUAAUCAGCGUUGGGGUUUAAUAGCUACUUUACCCACACAUAUGCCAGAAGGUGAUCUUCAAUUGCAAAGAUUUGUGGUAACCUUAGAAAGCAUUCUUAGUCCCGGAACUUCCACUUGCGCUGAGGGGGGCAGUUCUGACAGACCACUUGUGAACCAAGAGGUUGUAGUGGCAUCGAUCGCAAAGUCUACCGGGAGAUCGCUGGUCUUAGAAAGUCUACUGUCCCUCGGGUUGGAUCCAGAUAUGCUGGUGACGGUUGAUCAGUCAGCUCCCGCCUGGUCUUUACUUACUCUGGCAGUUAGACUUCGACGCAUUCAUGUGGCACCAGUACCACGGACUUCAAUGGAUUGUUUGCCACGCAUACUAGGUUGCCGUCUGUCGAGAAACCUUUUUAGAUGCAGUACUUACCAUGUUUUGAUUCAGAAGGCAUGA